UCGGUUCAGUCGCGUGUGUGCAACGCUUCGAGUCGGUGGUCGCUGGUCGGCGGUUCGCGACUAUAUAGUGGGUCUAUCAUGUGAUUAAAAUCGGUCCGGCAGCUGAGAAGACAACAUCUGUAUUCGCGCACGUAUCGGCAUCGCUAUAGCUAUUGACUCACCGCGACCGCCGGACAGUGGGAUAGACUGUUUUCGGGGGCGGUACGAUGGCGCUGCUUGCCUCGCUCUUUCUUCUCGUCACGCUGGCCAACUCAGCUCGGGCCAUUACCUGCUACGAAUGUGAUUCCGUCAAUAAUCCAGGGUGUGGGGAGCAGUUUUCUGGCGAUGACAUAUCCACGACGGAUUGCGAUAUGGUGGCGAACACGCAAACCCUGGGAGCGGAGCCCACUUGCCUUACAAAGUACCACGAAGGAAUGCCCGGAGACACCCGCUUUGUGAGGCGCUCCUGCUACUUUGGCGACUCCUCCCCGAUAAGCAUUAAUUGCGAUGACGGACCAGAUCCUGUUGUGCCGUCAAUGAAUUUCCUGGGAUGUACACUCUGCAGCACGGAUCUGUGCAAUACAGCACCAGGAACAAGCGCAAUACCAAUGGCAAAAGUCCUUACAGCACUUGGUCUGCUUAUCCUACUUUCGAACUAAGAAAUAUGAGAAGCGCAUAAUAAAGCGUCUUUUUUCAAUGUAUCCUAUUACCCAAUAUAUACUCCAGUAUUGUAUAGACGAUUGAUGUACCCUUAUGACGAACUAACUAACAGACCUACUUCUUUAAUUAAAACCACCUUUACCCGAGGUCUCUGAAA